CCGUGCUGCGGACGGGAUCGUAUGAUCAGCUGGACAGUCUGCCGCUGCUAGAUGGUGUCUGCCGGGAAACCUUGAGAUUGUGAGUAAGGUGCGAUGAUUCCGCUUGUCGACAUCUGAUGUCUACAUGCUUUUUCCUUAGGCACCCUCCAGCGACCAAUGUGAAUGGUCUGCGGAUGUACUGUAGGCGUACUGACAUUUAUAUUUAGGGCUACAGCGGACAGGAUGCUCCCGCUCUCCCAACCAGUCAACACGUUAGACGGGAGAACACGAAGCAAAGUCUUUGUUCCUGAAGGAACGAAGACAUUGAUUGGCGUUUAUAAGUCGAAUGCAAGCAAGAAAUUCUGGGGACCCGAUGCCCUAGAAUGGAAGCCACAACGCUGGACUCAACUGCCACCUACCGUAGCAGAGGCUCACAUACCGGGUGUGUAUUCGCACCUGCUGUCCUUCAUUGCAGGGAAGCGAGCAUGCAUCGGCUUCAAGGUUUCCGAGAUGGAGAUGAGGGUCGCACUCGCUGUCAUCGUGACAAUAAUCAUCUUUGACCUCCCAGAAAACCCCUUCACAUGGAACGUCGCCGCUGUAUGGGACCCAAUCGUAGGCCGAGAGAGCGUGAAGCCCGAGAUGCCACUCAGAUUCAGCAUGUAUGCAGCGCAAUGAGGGAUUGCAAGCCGUAACCAUUUCGCGACUGCGUUUGUUAUGUGUUUGUUGUUGCACGUUCAGCGUCUAGGUCCAGCUACUGAUAAGCAC